GGCUCUCCCAGUGACCAGUCCCGACACGAAAACCCAUCAACCGAGGCUUCUUCCAAUUCUUCUGAAGUAGACUGUCAAUUUUUGCAGGCCCUGUACCAUUUCAUGGUACAUUUGGAAUCGAAUCCAAUUAAGCCACAAUAAACCAUAGAAUGGUACCACAGCAAGUUACAUCGCUUUUCCUGGUGCUAGUCUUCACCCAUGGACUCCAGGGACAGAAGCAGCAACAGGAAGACCCCUGCCAGUCAAAAGCGAGAGUAGUAGGUGACGUCGAGUAUUGUGAUCGAUACUGGGAGUGUGUAAAUGGACGCCCAGAGCUUUUUGAUUGUCCAAAUGGAUUAGUAUUUGCCGGAAAACACAGGGGUGUGACAGAAGGUUGUGAUUACCCCUGGAGGGCCAAUUACUGUGAUGGAAAACGUCAGGCUAACUCUCCAAUAGGAGUGGAACAUUGUGAUUGGCUCUAUGGUAUCUUUGGUCAUGAAACUUCCUGCACAAGGUACUGGACUUGUUGGAAUGGGACUGCCACUGAACAGCUCUGUAUCGGUGGUCUUCUUUACAACGAGAGAGCGCGAUCCUGUGAUUGGCCAGAAAAUGUUGAGGGGUGCCAAAAACAUCCUCUCUGUAAUGACGACGCAAAUGGAAACGUGCCUCUUGGAAAAUCGUGCAACAGAUAUUGGCAGUGCCAGGGAGGAUAUCCUCGUCUGCAAAGAUGUCCAGCCAUGCUAGUCUUCGACAGGAGGUCCUUGAGAUGUGUUGUUCCUCCAACAGAAGAUUGCGAUGUUCCGACUACUCCACCAAAUCUCGAGGGCGAUUUACCCGACGGAAGAAACGAACAGGAACCUGAAGAGGAAAAUCUUCCACCUGGCGUAGCUUCCCUUCCAUCGGGGGCUCUACCCCUCCCAGUUCGACCUCGCAAUAGAAACUAAUACCACCUCCUAAUACCCCAAGUAUCGUUAUUUCGUAAUGUUAGACAUUAAUCAAAUAUACAAGGAUUCAGGGCUAAGAUUCCCAUUUGAAUUUUAGACAACAGGAUUGUUUAACCUGAAGAUGGGAAAUUUCGGUCCUAGUUAGCAACUGCGGUAAAAAAAAGUUAUUUGAUAGAUCUGUUCAGUAAAAGAACAGAAUAUAUAUUUAAAAUGUUUCUUCUGUACAUUCGAAUGCAUUUUUACGAUUAAUAUAGAUUUAAAUCCUAACAAAGUGCCCGAAAAAAAUUUGCUGGAACGGUUUUGUAAAGUGUGUACACCUUGUUCAAUAACUCAUUCUUUGAUAAUAACUGUUGUCUCUGAAGCAGAUCUAUCAGUUUUUACCAAAUUAAUUAUAAGUUCUGUAAUCUAUACUUUCCUCGAUUAUUGUACGAGAUGUUUAUUGUAGAAUUCUCCCAGAAUAGGACAUUCUUUUAAAAGAAUGAGAUAAUCGAUUGAAGGUAUUACCUUCGUUCAGUACCAAUUAAGUAUAUUAAUAGAGUUUUCUACUUUAGAUUCCUCUCCUAUUACAACCUUAACAUUAGUUUAUCAUUAUCGCCGAUCGAAAUGUAAAUACUUCUCUCCAUCUGCUCACGAAGAUGUAUGCAAUCAUAGCUUUAGAAUCAUGGAAAUAAAGUAUAAUAUUGUAUAUUUUUUGUUCGUACGCCUAAA